GGGCGGCGGAGCUGUGAAAGGGGAAGGGAGAGGGGCUGUAAAUUAAAGUAUACGUAGGUGAGCCUCGCAUUUGCUCGGUUUUUCCGGACUAGUGCUACCUGUCGGGCUUCCUCACGCCGGGUCACUGCCACUAAGAACGACAUGGGGUGUUUCUAUUCGAAGAAAUCCAAAAGAAAGUCGGGGGGAAAAGAAGAGCAUACCUCGACGGGCGAAACUAACGCGGUUCCCCUUGGCAACAACACCGAGGAAGCACCGAAGCAGUACAGCUGGGAUAAAAGAGAAAAGGUUGACCCGAGUCACUAUACGCUGAAAGGACUCAAAGACGUCACAGUGGGGCGUCUUUCCGGCACAUUAAACGGGGAACAGUUUGUCAUCCAAGAGUGCGAGAACUGCAACAUCUUUGUGUUCGAUCACUCUGCGACCAUCACCAUCGACGACUGCAUCAACUGUCGCAUUGUGCUGGGACCAGUGAAGGGAAGUGUCUUCUUCAGGGACUGCAAAGAGAUCAAGUGUGUGGUGGCCUGUCAGCAGUUCCGCACACGGGACUGUCAAAAGAUGGACGUGUUCCUGUGCUGCGCCACUCAGCCCAUCAUCGAGUCUUCCACGGGAAUGAAAUUCGGCUGCUUUCAGUACUUCUACCCCGAACUGGCCUUUCACUUUAAGGACGCCGGGCUGAGCAUAUUCAACAACAACUGGAGCAACAUCCACGACUUCACGCCGGUGUCGGGGGAGAACAACUGGAGCCUACUACCGGAGGCGUCUUCCGUUCUGGAUUUUGUUCCGUUGCCAGAUCCAGAGUCCGACUUCAAGUCUGUCCGGAUCUCUGCAGAACCUUCUCGGAGUAUCGUCCCUCUGACGAAGGGAGGGAGGCGGAAGGAGAGUGAGGAGUCCUGUCUCUUUGUGUUCUUUGCUGGAGAAUACACCACAGCAAACGCCCGCAAACUGAUAGAUGAGGCAGUGGCUAAAGGUUUUGUUCUGAUCCAGACAAAGGAGGUCCUGAUGCGGCCUGAAGAUGUGAAGAGAGUGUUCCAGAACAGUGGAGAUGAUAUUGUGGAGUGGAUCACCAAAGGUCCUGUUGUUGCUCUGGAGCUGAACGGUGAUGGAGUGGUGGAGGCCUGCAGGAACAUCGCCAGUGAAGUCUUUAGUGGCACCAAGGUUUUUGUCUCUGACAACAAAAAUACUUCAACUCGAGACGUGGACAACUUCUUCAACUUCGCCGACAUGCAGAUGGGAUUUUAAACUGUUGGCCUUCGAUGAAAUCCCGUCAAGCUACCUGAGAUUACUCCACUGUGUCCGUCCAGCCCAGCUGCUGUAAAAUAGUUCAGACUGGAAAAUAUUUCUCACGACCUCCAAUCCACCCAAUCUAUUUCAACAUCCAUGAGUGCAGACGGGUAAAGCAAUCACUUUUAACUUUCUGCUGCGCUCGACGUCCACCACCAAAUCAUGCUCUGAACCGGUGACCCAAGUGUUUCAUAAGCCAGCGGCAGUUUAUUUAGAGAGGUGAACCAGAUCUUUUUGAACUAAAACUGAACAAAAGAAUGAGGAAGAAAGAGAAUUGGAACUGUUUAUUUAAGCUUUUUUUUUAGAUUAUGUGCAUUACAGCCCCAGUUUCUUCUUUUUUUAUCUAACAUAAAUAGGAUCCUGUGUGGUUUCCCUCUGCAAGCCUUAUUAGUUUUAAAGGUUUGGUGUCUUCAACGCCACGGUGGAUGCUUUCUUUCAUUCUUUUUUAACUCAAACCAGUCUGGCCACUCUUCCUCAGCAGUCAGAGACAUAUUUGAUCCUGAAUCCCCUCUGACUUUGAGGUUUCUCUUCUUCUGAGAAAAAAUAGUGAAUUACACAACUAAAAUGUGUCCCAGGUAAUUAACCCUUCAUACUACCUUUCUUCCUCAUUUUGAUGGUCAAUUUAAAUGUCUACAGGCUGUUUUAUUUUCAAGCUGAGCUGCUUCCAAACGCAGAUAAGUUGCUUAAAUCAAUGUUGCUUUCAGCUUCUUCUUCUCAGCAGGAAGGCUGGGAUAUUGGACAAAAAUACUGUGGUAAAUGACAAACUUUAGCCAAAUUCCAGUCAAGAGCGUCAUGUAAAAGACUCUCUGACUCACUUUCCUUCCUCUUCUUUGUUCACACUCAAAGCAUCAACCAGCACUUAAAUAUUAACUACAAUUAUAAUCAAAGAUAAUGAUAAUUCUGAUUUAACAUGUGGUUAUUAAAUCUGUGAUUUCAAAACUUAAAUAUAAAACUGUAAUGAUCUGGAUUCAGGAGAAAUAGUUUACACGAGUAAACAUAAAGGGAGUUUUUUUAUGUUAUUUUUUCUUCAUUAUCAUCUUUUUUAAAAAAUAAUUAUUUACUGAAGCAAUAAUUUUCUGUUUGUAACUUUCAAUCAUGCUAUGUACACUUUGAAUCUCAUCUGCAAAAGUGGCUGUGAAUAAUGAUUUGAUUUUUCAGUUGGUGAUCAUUGAAACACUGCUGUAACUUAGUUUUUUUUAAUUCCUCAAUGUUGCUGCCUGAAGAAAAAUAGUUUAAAAAAACAUAGCACAUGGCUAAAAGAAUGAAAGCAGAAGCAGAGUCUUGGAAGAGCUGUGAUUUAUAUAUACAUAUCUCUAAAUACUUUCAGAUUUUUCUUUUCUCAACUUGUAGUUUUAUUUUUAUUUUUGGAUAAAUGAACUUUCUUGGCAUUAUCUUGUGUAUAUUUGAAACUUGCUGUAUAGAUGAUUUGAUAAGCCAAAUCAAGAAUGUAUGAAUGUUUUAGCUAAAGGAACCUGUGCUCAUUUUUUAAAUGUGUUUCUUUUAUACUUUGUUUUUGUAUAAAAAUGUAAUGGCCAUUGUUUUGUACAAUGUCCAUGUGUUUUACGCUGUUAUAAAUAGAGAAACUGAAAGAAAACAUAGAA